GAACUUUUUGUGUAGGUCGGACAACAAUCAAAAUGGCAUAUUUUUCUCCACUGCAACUCUCCUUUCUUCUUUUCUUCACAAUGUCGUUGAUCUGGAUCCAGUUCAAUUUACAGGCAUUGUCUCAAGAGGCGAGCUUCAGCAAUUCAGUCGACUGGAGGGAAUCUGGAGCUGUUUCUAGAGUCUGGGAUGUGGAUCUUCGCAAAAGCUGCAAAGGUGGGUCAUGGGCAUUUGCAGCAGCAGGUGCAGUGGAGAGCCUCAAAGCGAUACAAACCGGAAGGAUGGUGGUGCUCUCACCACAGCAACUGAUCGAUUGCAACAGAUACAACAGCGGAUGCAAUGAGAAGGGUACUGCAGAUCCUUACCAUGCGUUCAACUACAUUCGCCUGCAGGGGAUUACUACUGACUCGAAGUACCCGUAUACGGGCGUUCAAAGUUCCUGCAAGCCAUUCACUAAUGAUGUUUCCAUGUCUCAAAUCGGAACUGUGCCGGGAACGAGUGAUAGUUUCUUGGUAGAGGUCGUGUCAAAGCAGCCGGUGAUUGCUCGAAUUGAUGGUAGUGCUUCUGAAUUUGAUUCAUAUGCUGGAGGCAUAUAUUCAGGCCCCUGCUCUGAUUCGAAGGCCAGCCUUCCUGUACUCAUAGUCGGCUAUGGACGGACACAACAUGGGGUCGAGUAUUGGAUUCUCAAAAACUGGUGGGGUAGGAGCUGGGGAGAAGGAGGUUACAUGAGACUGGAGCGUGGGAAAUGCAAUAUCCUAUCGGACAUAUCGUUCCCUCGUGAUCCCCCGAAAUUCAGCAGUAUUUAAAUCAGUAAUUUAAGUAAUGUAACUUUCUUAAGAAACAUUGCUUUAUUUCAACCGAUCUUUCUCCUCGGCCCUUAAAGCUCUGAGGAGUCAA